GCGACGACCUACUACGCUGUAACUGCAGCCUCGGUCACGCAACGCCACUGAGCGCGAGUACCGCGCUCAGCAACGUCCACAGCGAAACGGGCUCAACCCAUUGGCCAGAAGACAGCAGAGCCCGCGCAAGGAAUGAGCCACUCACAGAACGUGCAUAGCGGAGUUCGCAGCCAAUCGGAAACGAGGAAAUGGCUCUCCCUCUCUUCCCCGCCCCUGAAGAACGUUCCUCGCUCGAGUCCUGGGACCGACGGACGUCCUACCCAAAGCUGCGCCCGCUAUCACUCUUCUGUCCCCUUUUCCUUUCUUCCCCUUUCACGUUCCUGUUUUACGUGCGGCACACGGAUAACGGGAUUGGUUGAGACGCCUGACAUCAACGUGGGAGGGAGGAGAUGUUCCUGAGCCCCACCUUGCGGUGGAAAGAACAACAGAUGAGAGGGGAGGAAGUCUCAUCUGCUUUCAUUGGUUCAUCCUUAACCGAGGCGACGCCUAUUGGGUAGCUGCUGUGAGCGAGUGGCUUUGGGCAAGUCGCCGUGGGGCGGCUGCGGUGGCUGUGAGGCGAAAAUGUCGGGCCGCGAGGCCCUCGAUGGCAAGAAGUUGGUUCGUUCGCCUAGCGGUCUCCGGAUGGUACCCGAGAGCCGGGCCGCGCGGAGCCCCUUUGGAUUGGAAGAGCCGCCGUGGGUGCCCGACAAGGAGGUAUCGGAGUGUCCCAGAUGCAUGCAGUGCAGUACAAAGUUUGACUUUAUAACCAGAAAGCACCACUGCAGGAGAUGUGGAAAGUGCUUUUGUGACAAAUGCUGCAGCAAGAAAGUGCCUCUGCCUCGUAUGUACUUUGUUGAUCCUGUGCGCCAGUGUGCCGAAUGUGCUCUCAUUUCUCAAAAGGAAACUGAGUUCUAUGACAAGCAGCUCAAAGUGCUUAUGAAUGGUGCUACAUUCUUUGUAACUCCAGGGACAUCAGAAAAGUCAGAGACGAUGGUUUGCCGGCUUUCCAACAACCAGAGAUACCUAUUUCUGGAUGGGGAGAGCCAUUAUGAAAUUGAAAUUGCACAGAUUUCAACAGUCCAGAUACUUACUGAGGGAUUUACUCCUGGAGAAAAAGACAUUCAUACUUACACGAGCCUCUUGGAAAAUGAACACAUUAUGGAAGGAGGCAAUGCUCGUGCUACAGGUAUGCUCCUUCAGUACAAGGUACCAGGGCUGGAGGAACUCAGACAGUUCAAGUUUACUGCUGGUGAAGACUUCAAUUCCAACAAGAAGCUAUCAGCUACUUGGCUAGCGGCCAUGCAUAAGGCAGCAAAACUUCUGUAUGAAUCUCGGGACCAAUAACAGCUUCUCCAACUUGAGGGAAAAGAUCAGCUCUAAGAAUAAGCUUCUUACUACUUGCUAGUUGACACAUGGUAAUAAGUAUUUGGUAAUAGGGAUCCCCCUGCCCCUUCCUGUCCUAAACGUGGUUCAUCAUGUGAGCACUGGCCAACUACAAUGUGAGUAUUUGACCUAUAAGUAUUCAGUUUAGUGUGCAAUAUGUAAACAGUUUAUUAAUGCUUUAAAUAUAGCCUUGCAUCCAUGACUUUAUAUUUUGUUAAAUCUUGUCUGCACUUAAUACGUAAAAUGAAGUGUGACCUGCACUACUGCUAAGUGUAUAGCACAACUUUUUUGUAGUACAAAUUAUGUAUACUAUGUAAUUCAUUUAAAAAAAAAAGGAAAAACCAACUUUAUUUAAUGCUCCAGCAAGUAAUAGCUUUUCAGGUGUGUAGAUCUCAGGUUCUUUCUCUCCUCGUAUCCAAAUGAUCUAUGAAAAUCUGCCUUAGGUGUCAUUUUAUAGAAGCCACUCUUUCUUGUGGUGGGGGAUUUGUAUCAUGAUAAUUUCUUUUGUAAAAUACAAUUUACCAAAUACCACAAAUUGUCCUGUGUAAUAAGUUGAUCUUUUUGAAUGAAGCUCAAGAUUGAUUUUUGAAGUUUUGUAUUCAUGCAUUUUGUGGUAAUUCUAGCUUUGGCUAAUAAAACCUGAUUAAAUACUA